UGACGGCGGGCUGCCUGGCCGGGCUCUGCGGCGCGCACCGGGCCCGGAUGCUGCGGGAGCCGGCGCCGGGACGUUAAACUCCCCGAUGGCCAACGGAGCAGCCGAGCUGGAUAACAUGGAGGUGCAGCUGCAGAACAACAACACCCGCUGGGAGAACACGGACAACCAGGCCUGGGAUGACACCACGGCCACCGCCAAGCUGUUCGAGUGCUCCCGCAUCAAAGCACUCGCCGAUGAGCGCGAGGCCGUGCAGAAGAAAACCUUCACCAAGUGGGUGAAUUCGCACCUGGCCCGGGUGUCCUGCCGCAUCAGCGACCUCUACGCCGACCUCCGCGACGGCUACGUGCUGACCAAGCUGCUGGAGGUGCUGUCCGGGGAGCAGCUGCCCAAGCCGACGCGCGGGCGCAUGCGGAUCCACUCGCUGGAGAACGUGGACAAAGCCCUGCAGUUCCUGAAGGAGCAGCGGGUGCACCUGGAGAACGUCGGCUCCCACGACAUCGUGGACGGGAACCACCGCCUGACGCUGGGGCUCAUCUGGACCAUCAUCCUGCGGUUCCAGAUCCAGGUGAUUAAAAUUGAGACGGAAGACAACAGGGAGACCCGCUCGGCCAAGGACGCGCUGCUGCUCUGGUGCCAGAUGAAGACGGCAGGGUACCCGGAAGUGAAUAUCCAGAACUUCACCACCAGCUGGAGAGACGGGCUGGCCUUCAACGCCCUGAUCCACCGGCACAGGCCAGAGAUCAUCGACUUCAGCAAACUCACCAAAUCCAACGCCACUUACAACCUGCAACAGGCCUUCAGCGUGGCCGAGCAGCAGCUGGGCCUGACCAAGCUGCUGGACCCGGAAGACGUGAACAUGGAGAGCCCGGACGAGAAGUCCAUCAUCACCUACGUGGUCUCUUUCUACCACUACUUCUCCAAAAUGAAGGCCCUCGCGGUGGAGGGGAAGAGGAUUGGGAAGGUGCUGGACCAGGCGGUGGAGAUCGAGAAGCUCAUGGAGCGGUACGAGCUGCUGGCGGCCGAGCUGCUGGCGUGGGUCGAGCGCACCGUCGGCAUCAUCAGCAACCAGAAGUUCGCCAACUCCCUGGCCGGGGUGCAGCAGCAGCUCCAGGCCUUCACCACCUUCUGCACCCUGGAGAAGCCGGUCAAGUUCCAGGAGAAGGGGAACCUGGAGGUCCUGCUGUUCAGCAUCCAGAGCCAGCUGCGCGCCCAGCGCCGCAAACUCUACGUGCCCAGCGAGGGCCGGGGCAUCGCCGACAUCAACAAGGCCUGGACCCGGCUGGAGAAGGUGGAGCACGAGCGGGAGGUGUCGCUGCACAAGGAGCUCAUCCGGCAGGAGAAGCUGGAGCUGCUGGCCCAGCGCUUCGACCACAAGGCCGGCAUGCGGGAGGCCUGGCUCGGCGAGAACCAGCGGCUGGUGGCGCAGGACAACUUCGGCUACGACCUGCCGGCGGUGGAGGCGGCCAUGAAGAAGCACGAGGCCAUUGAGGCGGACGUCUCGUCCUACGAGGAGCGCAUCCAGGUGGUGGUGGAGCUGGCGCUGGCCCUGGAAGCCGAGGGUUACUACGACGUGCGGCGCGUCAGCGCCCAGAAGGGCAGCAUCCUGCGCCAGUGGGGGCUGCUGACCGAGCUGGUGGCUGCCCGCAGGGCCCGCCUGGAGCAGAGCCUGGCCCUGCAGACCAUCUUCCAGGAGAUGGUUUACAUGAUCGACUGGAUGGAGGAGAUGCAGGCCCCGCUGCUGUCGAGGGAGGUGGGGAAGCACCUGCUGGAGGUGGAGGACCUGCUGCAGAAACACGCCCUGCUGGAGGCCGACGUGGCUGCCCAGAACGAGCGGGUGCAGGCGCUCAACCAGGCCGCCCUGAAGUUCUGCGAGCUGGAGGGUUACCAGCCCUGCGACCCCCAGAUCAUCCGCAACCGCGUGACCCACGUGCAGACGUGCCUGGAGGAGCUGUGCCAGCGGGCGGCCCAGCGGCGCACGGAGCUGGAGGCCUCCCGCCAGCUGUGGGCCUUCUUCCAGGAGCUGGAGGAGGCGGAGGCCUGGGUGCGGGAGAAGGAGCAGAUCCUGGCCUCCAAGCCGUGCGGCAGGGACCUGAGCAGCGUGCUGCAGCUGAGCGGGCAGCACAAGCUGAUGCUGGGGGAGCUGGGCGGGCGCCGGGCCCUGCUGCACCAGGCCGAGAAGAAGGGGGAGCAGCUGCUGGCCACCCAGCGCCCCGGCACGGCCCAGCUGCAGGAGAAGCUGCGGGAGGUGCGGCAGCGCUGGAAGAAGCUGGAGGAGGUGACGGGGACGCACCAGCAGAAGCUGCAGGAGGCUCUGAGCUUCUACCAGUUCAGCGCGGAGACGGACGACCUGCUGGCCUGGCUGCAGGACACCUACCGCCUGGCCUCCAGCGACGACUUCGGGCACGACGAGUACUCCAGCCAGGCGCUGCUCCGCAAGCACGCGGCCGUGGCGCAGGAGCUGGAGCGGCACCGGGCGCCCGUGCUGGCCCUGCGCGCUCAGCUGGCCCGGCUGGCCCCCCAGCACCACCAGGUGCUGGACGUGCAGAUCCGCAUCGUGGAGGUGGAGCAGCUCUACGGGGAGGUGGCCGAGGUGGCCGUGCUGCGGCACCAGUGGCUGCAGGACGCCCUGGCCGUGUACCGCAUGUUCGGCGAGGUCCGCGCCUGCGAGGGCUGGCUGGACGAGAAGGAGCAGUGGCUCUCCGGGAUGCACGUGCCGCAGGAGCUGGAGGACGUGGAAGUGGUGCAACACAGGUUUGAGAGCCUGGACCAGGAGCUGAACAGCGUCAUGGGGCGCAUCCUGGCCGUGAACGAGACGGUGCAGCAGCUGGUGGAGGGGGGCCACCCCAGCGCGUCCGAGGUGCAGUCCUGUCGGGACCAGCUGAACGGCAGGUGGAACCGGGUGGUGGAGCUGGUGGAGCAGAGGAAGGAGCAUCUCAGCUCCGUCCUGAGGAUCCAGAACUACCUGCUGGAGUGCAGCGAGAUCAAGGCGCAGCUCCGGGAGAAGCGCCGCGCUGUGGAGUCCAGCCAGUACAGCAGCGGCGACCUGGGGAACGUGCUGGCCUUGCAGCACAAACUCUCCGCCAUGGAGGCUGUCCUGCUGGUGCUGGAGCCCAAGCUCCUCGAGCUGCAGCAGGAGGGGGAGGCCUUGGCCACCGCCCACCCGGCCCAGGCGCUGACCGUCCUGCUGCACUUCGAGGAGAUCAGCGAGGAGUGGGAGGCCUUGACCAGGGCCCUGCAGGGCUGCGAGGACUCGCUCUCCGUGGCCAGCCGGCUGCAGCAGUUCAUCCAGGACCUGGACACCUUCCUGAGCUGGCUGGUGAAGACCCAGGCGGCCGUGGCCUCGGAAGAGCUUCCCAGCAACCUGGCGGGGGCAGAGCGGCUGCUGAGCCAGCACGCGGCCCUCAAGGAGGAAAUCGACCGCUACGAGGAGGACUACACCAAGAUCCAGGCGGCCAGCGACCUGCUGGCCCUGGAGGAGGCCGACGUCCCCUGCCUCUCGCUCCAGCAGUGGCUGCAGAAGCUGGACGUGGGCUGGAACAAGCUGCUGCAGAUGUGGGAGAGCCGGCGGGAGGCGCUGGUGCAGGCGCACGUCUUCCACCUUUUCCUGAGGGACGUGCAGCAGGCCGAGGCGUGUCUCUACAGCCAGGCAUCCACCCUGGCCCACGCGGAGCUGCCCACCACGGUGGAGGCGGCGACGAAGGCCAUCACGAAGCACAAGGAUUUCAUAACCACCAUGGAGCUGAGCGUGCCGAAGACGACGCUGGCUCUGCGGGCCGGGGAGAGCCUGGUGCGCCAGGGCAGCCCCUACAGUGAGCGCGCCCAGGAGGAGAUGGCAGCGCUCAGAGACAAGAGCCACCGGAACUUCCAGCUGGCCCAGGAGUGGAUGCAGCAGCUGAACGAUCACUUGGAUCUGCAGCGUUUCUUGCAGAACUGUCACGAGCUCGCCGGCUGGAUGGGGGAGAAGCGGCUCAUGGCCGGGGACCAGGCGGCCAAGCCCCACGCGCGCUGGCUGCGGCACCAGGCGCUCCGGGCCGAGCUGGCGCAGAACCGCGAGUGGCUGGACAAGAUCGAGCCGGAAGGCCAGCAGCUCCUGGAGGAGAAGCCGGAGCUGGCCGGCUCGGUGAAGAAGCAGCUGGAGGAGGUCCGGCAGUGCUGGCUGGAGCUCGAGGGCACGGCGCAGGCCAGGGCACAGCAGCUCUUCGAGGCCAGCAAGGCGGAGCAGCUCGUGCAGAGCUACGCGGACCUGGACAAGAGGCUGGUGAACAUGGAGGGGCAGCUGCAGGCUGUGGAUGCUGGCGCCAGCCUGGCCACCGUCAACAACCAGCUGAAGAAACUGCAGACGAUGGAGUCGCAGAUGGAGGAGUGGUACAAAGAGGCCGGGCAGCUCCAGGCACAGCUGGCCUCCCUGCCGCUGGAGCCGGCCACCAAGGAGGCGGUGGACGAGAAGCAGAACGCAGUGGGGACGCAGAUUGUCCGCCUCAUCGAGCCCCUGAAGGAGAGGAGGAGGAUCCUGCUGGCUUCCAAGGAGAUGCAUCAGGUCUGCCACGACCUGGAGGAUGAGAUCAGCUGGGUCCAGGACCGGCUGCCGCUCGCCACCUUGCGAGAUCCCGGGAGCAACCUGCAGGCCGUGCAGCACUUCAUCAAGAAGAACCAGAACCUGCGGCGUGAGCUGCAGGUGCACCAGCCCCGGGUGGCCGAGGUGCUGGAGCGGGCGGGCGCCCUGGCCUCCAUGAAGAGCCCCGAGGUGGCCGGGGUGCGGCUGCUGCUGGAGAAGCUGCGGGAGCUGUGGGGGGCGCUGCAGGAGCAGACGGAGCAGCGCCAGCACCUGCUGGACGCCACCUACCAGGUGGAGCAGUAUUACUCCGACGUGGGCGAGGUGCAGGCCUGGCUCGGCGAGCAGGAGCUGCUGCUGAUGAGCGAGGAGAAGGGCAAGGACGAGCAGAGCACCCUGCAGCUGCUGAAGAAGCACCUGCUGCUGGAGCAGAGCAUUGAGAACUACGAGGAGACGGUCGCCCAGCUGUCCCGCCAGUGCCGCGCCCUGCUGGAGCUGGGCCACCCCGACAGCGAACAGAUAAGUAGGCGGCAGUCUCAGGCUGACCGGCUCUACGUGUCUCUGAAGGACCUGGCGGAGGAGCGCAAGGCCGGGCUGGAGCAGCAGUACUGGCUCUACCAGCUCAGCCGCGAGGUGGACGACCUGGAGCACUGGAUCGCCGAGAAGGAGGUGGUGGCCGGGUCGCCGGAGCUGGGCCAGGACUUCGAGCACGUCACGCUGCUGCAGGAGAAGUUCACGGCGUUCGCCAGCGAGACGGGCAGCACGGGCAGCGAGCGGCUCUCGGCCGUGAACCAGAUGGUGGACGAGCUGAUCGAGUGCGGGCACGUGGACGCGGCCACCAUGGCGGAGUGGAAGGACGGGGUGAACGAGGCCUGGGCCGACCUGCUGGAGCUGAUGGAGACGCGGGCCCAGAUGCUGGCCGCCUCCCACGAGCUGCACAAGUUCUUCAGCGACUGCAAGGACCUGCUGGCCCAGAUCGAGGAGAAGAAGCAGCGGCUGCCGGAGGUGGCGGCUCACGAGUCCCGCAGCUCCGCCGGGGCCCUGCAGCGGGUGCUGAGCUCCUUCGAGCACGACGUGCAGGUGCUGGUGAGCCAGGUGCGGCAGCUGCAGGAGGGGGCGGCCCAGCUGCGGACAGUGUAUGCCGGGGAGAACGCCGAUGCCAUCGCCACCAAGGAGCAGGACGUGCUGCGGGCGUGGAAGGAGCUGCUGGGCUCGUGCGAGGCGUGCCGGCUGCAGAUCACCACCACCACGGACAAGAUGCGCUUCACCAGCUUGGUGCGCGACCUCGUCUCCUGGAUGGACGACGUCAUCUGUCAGAUCGGCGCCGGCGAGAAGCCCAGGGACGUCUCCUCGGUGGAGGUGCUGAUGAACUAUCACCAGGGGCUGAAGAGCGAGAUCGAAGCCCGGAGCCAGAGCAUCGCCGCCUGCGUGGAGCUGGGCAAGACUCUGGCGCUCAACAGAAGCCCCCUGGCCGAGGAGAUCAGGGGCCACCUGGAGAAGCUGCUGACCAAGAAGCAGGAGCUGAGCGACAAGUGGGACAAGCACUGGGAGUGGCUGCAGCAAAUGCUGGAAGUGCACCAGUUUGCGCAGGAGGCCGUGGUGGCCGACGCCUGGCUCACGGCCCAGGAGCCCCUGCUGAAGAGCCGCGAGCUGGGCAGCAGCGUGGACGAGGUGGAGCAGCUGAUCCGGCGCCACGAGGCCUUUCGCAAGGCGGCCACCACCUGGGAGGAGCGAUUCAGCUCCCUGCGGCGCCUCACCACGCUGGAGAAGCUGAAGGCCGAGCAGAGCAAGCAGCCGGCCACACCACUCCUGGGCCGCAAAUUCUUGGGGGAGCCCAGCGAGCCAGGCCUCAAGGGCCCGUCGCUGCUGCGCCAGGCCGAGGCAAAGCUGGAGCGUCAGGACCUGCUGCGGGGCCGGCCCCAGGCUCCGGCCCUGCCCAGCGGGGGCCCGGGGGAGCCCGCAGAGGCGCUGGAGCUCAGGGUGGCCUACGUGCGGCAGGAGAUGAAGCCGGAGCGGCUGCAGCCCCGGCUUGACCGCAUGCAGGAGGGCCUGGCCGCUGGCGCCGAGAGGCUCAGGGAGGCAAAGGCGGCGGCUGAGGAGACGCUGGAGGCCAAGCUGAGCCAGCACCUGCAAGUGCCGGCGGCGGGCCCGGUGCUGGUGGAGCCGGCCCAGGUCAGCCGGGCCGAGACGCAGCCGGAGCAGCCGCGGGAGCGGCGCCCGGAGCCCAGCGAGCAGGAGACGCUGCGCCACGAGCAGGCGGAGAGGCGCCGGGAGCGCCGGGAGCGGCGCCUGGAGCGGCAGGAGUCCAGCGAGCAGGAGACGCCCCGGCACGAGCAGGCGGAGAGGCGCCGGGAGCGGCACGAGCGGCGGCUGGAGCGGCAGGAGUCCAGCGAGCAGGAGACGCCCCGGCACGAGCCCAAAGGGAGUGGAUCCCAGAUGUCCCCCAGCAGCACCCGGAAAUCUGGGGCGGUGGGGGAGGAUGCUGAGCACCCUCCACCCGUCCCUGCGCCGGGGCUGCCCGUUUCCCAGAGCCCGGCACCGCCGCGCGUCUCACCCUCUCUCUCCGCUGGCAGCAAGACCACGCUGGCGGAUAUUGUGGAGCAGCUGCAGGAGAAGGAGUCGACGGCGCAGGUGCCGGCCCCGCCCCGCGACUCCCCCGCUCGCCUGCCCAACGGCCUCGAGCUGCUGCCCGAGAGGACGCCGCGCCCGGAGCGGCCGCGGGCCCGUGACAGGCCGAAGCCCAGGAGGAGGCCGCGGCCCAGGGACCCCAGCCAGCCCCCGGGGGAGAGCCGCCGGUCCCGCUCGGCGCCGGCCCAGAGUGCCCCGCCCCCCCCGCCCCCCACCCACACCGUCCAGCUGGAGGGUUUCCUCUUCCGCAAGCACGAGCUGGAGGCGCCCAACAAGAAGGCCUCUAACAGGUCCUGGGUAAACCUGUACUGCGUCCUGAGCAGAGGGGACCUGGGCUUCUACAAGGAUGCCAAGGGGCAGGCGUCGGGCAGCACCCACGGCGGGGAGCCGCCGCUCCCCCUGCACCAGGCCACCAGCCACGUGGCCACUGACUACAAGAAGAAGAAGAACGUCUUCAAGCUCAAGACCAGCGACGGGAACGAGUUCCUGCUGCAGGCCAAGGACGAGGAGGAGAUGAAGAACUGGCUCCAGGCGCUGGCUGCCUCCGCCGAGGAGCACGCCGAGAUCGCCCGCUGGAGCCAGGCGCUGCUCACCACCUCCUCCACCGACGAAGGCAACCCCCGGCGGGAGGGCGACCGGCGGGCCAGCACGUCCGGCAGGAGGAAGUGAGGUGGCCAGGGCAGUGCCGGGGCAGAGUGCUGGGGGCAGAGGGGAGCCGCGCCGCCCCACGGUCUGCAGCGUCCCUGCGUGCCACGCGCCAAGCCAGCCCCUCCGUCUGCACACGUCCCGGACAGCCCCCGCCCGCUGCAGGAGGCUGCGCCCGAGCAGGGCCCAUGGGGAGAGGGGAGCCCGGCGCUGGAAGGACGCCAGCACCACUCUGUUCGCCGUUCGGUGCCAGGAGUCCAGCCCGGGUCAGCCGGCCCGGCUCCUCGCCACGGGAUGAUAUAUGCAAAACCGGCACCGCGUGAGGCUGGGAGGGAAACUCCACCGGACUCAGAGACUCUGUGCAGUGGGGAAGGGCCUCGCCACUUCAUUUCAUCCCCUGGGGGGCACGCAGGAGCCUCCCCCCUCCCGGCAGUUCUAAUCCCUCCCCGGGCUGGGAAGCCGCUGGGUGUUUCAGGGCGGGGGAGGGGGUGCUUUUCGGGCAGAUGCUUCCCGGGGGGUUAAGCGUUUUCGGUCAUUCACAUAAGGGAACCGGGCACCUGGCCCUCGCUCAGCCCACUAUGGACAUGGGCCCGUUGCACGGGGGCCGAGUUCCGAGCACAUGCAGCACUGGGUUUCCACGGCUCUCAGGCCCGUCGCACGGGGGCCGGGUUCUGAGCACACGCAGCGCUGCGUUUCCACGGCUCUCAGGCCUGUCGCACGGGGGCUGGGUUCUGAGCACGCGCAGCACUGGGUUUCCACGGCUCUCAGGCCUGUCGCACGGGGGGGUGGGUUCUGAGCACACGCAGCGCUGCGUUUCCAUGGCUCUCGGGGCCUGUCGCACGGGGGCUGGGUUCUGAGCACGCACAGCGCUGGGUUUCCACGGCUCUCGGGGCCUGUUGCAUGGGGGCCGGGUUCCGAGCACACGCAGCACUGUGUUUCCACGGCUCUUGGGCUCGUCGCACGGGGGCUGGGUUCUGAGCACACGCAGCGCUGCGUUUCCAUGGCUCCCGGGGCCUGUCGCCUGGGGGGGCGGGUUCUGAGCACACGCAGCGCUGUGUUUCCACGGCUCUUGGGCUUGUCGCACGGGGGCCCAAGUUCCAAGCACGCACAGCGCUGGGUUUGCACAGCUCUCAGGGCCCGUUGCACGGGGGGGCAGGUUCCGAGCACACGCAGGGCUGGGUUGCCACGGCUCUUGGGGCCUGUCGCACGGGGGCCGGGUUCUGAGCACACGCAGCGCUGCGUUUCCACGGCUCUUGGGGCCUGUCGCACGGGGGCUGGGUUCUGAGCACGCACAGCGCUGGGUUUCCACGGCUCUCAGGCCUGUCGCACGGGGGCUGGGUUCUGAGCACACGCAGGGCUGGGUUUGCACGGCUCUCGGGGCCCGUCGCACGGGGGCCGGUUCCAAGCACACGCAGCGCUGGGUUUCCACGGCUCUUGGGGCCUGUUGCACGGGGGGGCAGGUUCCGAGCACGC